UUCUAUCACUAGCCUUAACCAAAAUGUGGAUCGUUGGUUCUUCUUUCGUCUUCUUAAUUUGUGUAAAUCUGUUCGCUGUAUCAGGACAAGGACACAACAUAACACAAUCAGCAGAGUAUCGUUUAAGAAAAGCUUUGCUUUCUUCAAAUGACAAAAUGGUUCGUCCGGUUUUGAAGCCGUCAGAUGUUUUUAAUGUCACAUUCGAUGUGCAGUUCCAGGCUCUCAGUGCAGUGGACAACAAACAGCAAGUCAUUACAAUUGACACAGUGAUCACUCAGAAAUGGAAUAAUCCUUAUCUUCGCUGGAAUCCUUCUACGUAUGACAACAUAAGGGAGAUACUGGUGGAUCCAAAAGAAGUAUGGGUUCCAGAUAUUGUUCUUGAAAACAACGCCGAUGAUGAAGUUGUUCAGGCAGGCCACUUAGAAAAAUUCCGAAGUUGGGUGCUUGUGAGCAGUGAUGGCAAAAACACGUGGUUAUCUCCGGCGACGUUUAAAAGCACGUGCAAGCUUAAUGUCCAGUUCUUUCCCUUCGACAAACAGAAGUGUAGCAUGUUGUUCCGUUCACUAACUGCUGAUAGCACUCUUCUGAAUCUUUACACCAGAACAGUAGAGAGUGAUGAUCCAGAGGAAGAGCUUAAACUCACCACAUCAAAUGGUUAUUGGUCACUGAGAAGCAUUGAGAUCAAGACAGAGAAUAUCAAGAAGCACUCUCGGACAUUCAGCGAGGUUAAAGUAUCAUUUUCUAUUGGACGCAAACCAUUGUUCUUUGUUCUUUUUUCCAUCGUCCCGUGCAUGAUCAUUGGUAUGUUGGUUCUUGUAAGCUUCUUUAUUCCCGUUGAGAGUGGCGAGAGGAUUGGAUUAUGUGCAACGAUUUUACUGGCAGUCAGCGUUUACCUACUUGUUGUCACCGAUCAGCUUCCUGAACAGUCCGACACACUGCCCCUCAUUGGUGUUUAUUACAUCAUGAUCAUGUUUGAGAUCGGCCUAGCGCUGGCUGCUUCAGUUCUCGUCCUGAGGACUCACCACGCGACUUCAGAGCCACCUCGCAUCUUGACUUAUAUUACAGCAAUCAACAAGCUUGGUUGCUCCUGCUUCAAUCGAAGAACACGACGAGAGGAGGUUCCCGGUUCUUCUGUAAUAAUAAAUUCCAGAGUCGCAGCAGAAAAUAACGAAGACAAAGCGGGGAGAAAUGAUAAUGUGGAGCUAGAAAAUAUGGAGAAGCAGUUACCAGACACGUUUAGGCAAGAAAGAAAAUCAACAUCGAGUAGAAUUUCUAUCUUUCAAGUCGAAGACAAAGAAGAAGCUAACCAGAAAAUGUGGAAGGAGAUCGCUCGAGCGCUCGACCGAAUCUUUUUCUGGUCGUUUCUGGCGCUUUUUGUGUCUUCAUCCAUAGCAAUAUACUCGCAGUCAGGGCGGUUGUCAUCACUGGAUUGAGGCAUUCAAGUAUUUGAACUUUCAUCGUUCACUAAUUAUAGCUGGAGUAUGUCUACACUCGUUUUCCUAUAAUGUCAGUGGAAAAAUAGCAAAUUACUUCGUUCUCUAGGCUAGAGAGUAUGUAUACCCAUGUGCAAUGAAAAAACAUCAGACAAAUUAGUCUUAAGUUUCUUGCCGGUGCAUGUUAUGACGGUUAUGCCGCAGUUUGUGGCUGAAGUAUCGUGAAUAGCUUUAUUUGUAUAGAAAGUUAAAAAAUAAGUUUGCUGACGUUUCUGUAGUUUGGAAUCACAAAGCAACAACUAUAACAAAUGCUUAAGAUAAAUGUUCUUUAAUCGAACAGAAAAGCUGACGCGAAAUAUGGGUUAUUCUUAAGAUAGAGUGUUGUGAUGUAACGUAGAUGAAAUAAAUGCAAGAAAACCUUUAAAGGGGCACAUUGAAGUGGUUUUCAGUUCUUAUGUUGGUAUUGCUCGAACAACCUUCAUGAACAUUUGAAAAUCAUCGGAGCUUUAAUUUGUGAUAAUAUCACGUCAGUAAGUCUAUGCAAUGUAAGUCAGGGUUAAUGUUAGAGUUCAGCACUGUAGGUUGAGAGA